UACUAUCAUAUAGGUGGUGGACGUUUCAAAGGAGAACUACCAGAUCCCUCAAUAUUCGUUUAAAUCAAAACUUAAUAGUGAACUGAAUUUCAACUAGUUGGUGGCUGUGUCUCAAAUACACGUUGAACUAGUUGAUAAGAAGGCGCAAGUGAAGAUUGUGUGGGCCUAGAACGACGCUAUACUCGAGAGUCAUUUCUACAAAGCUUUUAUCUCAUCCACGGUGAAAUUAUUCAUCAGUAGAUAUAAAUAUUGACAACUAACUCGAUGUCUGUGACUAAGUACUAUUUUCGCUCGAGCCUAUGCAGCGGGUAGUUUUCAUUCGCGAAUGAAGUCAAUAGUACGUUUGAAGAAAGUUCCAGCAAACAACCCCAUGACUACUCAUAUUAUCAAGUUAAUUGUGAUUCUGUUCACCGUACGCAUAGUACUCUGUGUGAAUCAGCGUCCAAACAUUAUUUUAAUUCUUGCGGAUGAUUUGCGACCAACGAUUGGAAAAUAUGGAGACCAAUUAGCCUUCACCCCGAAUCUGGACCGGUUAAUCGAAAGGAGUUGUUACUUUACAAAGGCAUAUAGUCAGCAAGCUCUUUGCGCUCCGAGUCGAAAUUCCAUGUUGACUAGCAGACGACCGGACACCUUACAUCUUUACGAUUUCUACAGCUAUUGGCGAACAUUUGCUGGCAAUUUCACAACCUUACCGCAAUACUUCAAAGAAAAUGGAUAUUACACUUAUUCCGUUGGUAAAAUUUUCCAUCCAGGAGUAUCGUCAAAUUUCACAGAUGACUACCCAUUCAGUUGGAGCGAACCAACGUUUCAUCCUUCAACGGAGCGGUAUAUGAAUCAACCAGUUUGUCCGGAUGGCAGUGGAACACUCAGAACAAACCUUAUUUGUCCGGUUAAGAAAUUUUCCCAACCAGAGGGUACUUUACCCGAUAUUGAAUCCAAAGUUGAAGCGAAAAAUUUCUUAGCAGCGUUUAAGAAUAGAUCUCAGCCAUUUUUCUUGGCUGUUGGAUUUCACAAACCCCACAUACCGUUUAGGAUCCCAGACAAGUAUUUCAAACUAUAUCCUCAGACGAAAUUCGGAAACUCAACUAACUGGAGACAGUAUGGGGUUCCAGAUGUUGCUUGGAAUCCAUAUACUGACAUUCGAAAAAGGCACGAUGUAAAACAACUUGACAUACCUUUCCCAUAUGGACCAAUACCAAGUGCGUUCGGGAUGUCUAUAAAACAGGCUUACUAUGCAUCGGUAUCAUAUAUCGACAACCUCUUCGGCAACCUCCUGUCGGCGGUAGACCUAAACAACACAAUCGUGGUUUUCGCCAGUGACCAUGGGUGGUCUCUAGGAGAGCAUGGAGAGUGGGCCAAGUACAGUAAUUUCGAAGUUGCACUACGUGUUCCUUUAGUCGUUUACGCCCCGGGUAUUACUCCCAGACGCAUUGACAAUAUUGUGGAGCUUGUAGAUCUAUUCCCCACUUUGGUUGACCUAGUGAAUCUACCACCUAUAGCCAAAUGUAAACGCUUCUCGAAGAAAAAACUUUGCACUGAAGGAAAUAGCUUACUGCCACUUUUAAAGGGAUUGUCUGCUCGUUGGCCUGAUCAAGCGUUUAGCCAAUACCCUCGUCCAGGACCUAUUCCUCGAAAGAAUAGUGAUAAACCCCGACUGCCAAAAAUUCGCAUAAUGGGAUACACAGUAAGAAAGACGGACUUUCGAUACACAAUUUGGAUGAGAUUUUACCCUAGAAACUUUUCAAGUGAUUGGAGCCAGAUCUUUGGCGAAGAGCUAUAUGACCAUCGAUUCGACUCUGCCGAAAAUGAGAAUCUAGUAGAUCGCCGUGAAUUUAAACGCAUCCGGCUUGAAUUAAGGUCACUCCUCAAGAAGCAAUUUUCAUUUGGGGCUUCACUGGGACGUCCGCAACGAAAAAAAUUAUCAUGGAGAGAAGCUUUGCUUUACGAAGCCUAUCGGCCACAGAUACUGCAACCUAGUUACCCAUAAGUUGAAACUAAUUUAGCUUCAAAAUUUAUUUAUAUGUUUUUAUAUUUAAUUUUAUAUAUACUCUAACCAGAUAAAUUUUUUCCAACUUUUCUUGCUUAAGGCAUGAAUUAGAAUCUUCUUUGUGGUUGUCCUGCUGCUGCAGGCCUAUCAUGUCCAUGGCUUCAAAUUUGGUGAUAAUAAAGUUGGUGCUAAAUCAAAGAAAAGAUAGUAAUAAGAAAAAAAGACUGCCUGAUUGUCCAGUGAAUUGGAGACAUAUGAAUAGCUUUUCAACUACAUACAUUUAUCUGAGUCUAAACUAUAAAAUCUCUUCCAAACCUUCGGCUAAAAUGUUAUUUUCUGCUAUAGAUACUACUCGAAUCAUACGCUUCAGGUAUCAAAUUGAAAACUGUCAAAACUCUCGAAAGCCUUUUGCUUUUGAUCUAAUUUUUAGUAAGAUACAUUGACCGAAUGCAACAUGAUUAUUGAAUAGUAAAAAUCUCAUUUUAGCUAUUUUAACUAUUUUUUUAAACUCAGGGAUAUUAACUGUUAAGAUUAUAUAGAAUAAUUCAUCUAGAUUGAAAUAAAAUUUUUUAUCUAUUGGAGUUAACAAAAAAUAAAAGAU